CCGGCCGGACGGCGUUUCCACGGACGCGCAGGAGGCCACCCGUGGCUGUGCCGGCUGCGCUGACGGGCCCGGCAGGGCCGGGGCAUUCUCCACUGCUGGACUGCCUGGUGUGACUGGUGGCCACCUCUGCAGUUUCUCUCCACAAUCGGGUGUUGUUUCCACUGCUGAACAAGUCUGACCACUAGCCAGCUGUGUCUCAAUCCUGGAAGAUGGCAGAUGUGCCCAAUGGCGAGCCCUGUGCCUCUCCACUGGACCUGUUCAAUAGCAUAGCUGCUCAAGGCGAGCUCGUGAGGACCCUCAAAGCUGAAAAGGCAUCAAAAGAUGAAAUUGAGUCUGCAGUAAAGAUGUUAUUAUCAUUGAAAAUGAGCUACAAAGCGGCCAUGGGGGAGGAUUACAAGGCUGACUGCCCCCCAAGGAACCCAGCACCUGGGAGUAAUAGUGGCCCAGAUGCCACCGAAACCAGCGAGGAUUUUGUGGACCCAUGGACAGUACGGACAAGCAGUGCAAAAGGCAUUGACUAUGACAAGCUCAUUGUUCAAUUUGGAAGCAGUAAAAUUGACAAAGAGCUGAUAAACCGAAUAGAGAGAGCCACUGGCCAGAGACCACACCGCUUCCUGCGCAGAGGCAUCUUCUUCUCACACAGAGAUAUGAAUCAAGUUCUCGAUGCCUAUGAAAAUAAGAAGCCAUUUUAUCUAUACACAGGCAGGGGCCCCUCUUCUGAAGCAAUGCAUGUAGGUCAUCUCAUCCCGUUUAUUUUCACCAAGUGGCUGCAGGACGUGUUCAACGUGCCCUUGGUGGUCCAGAUGUCCGAUGAUGAGAAGUACCUGUGGAAGGACCUGAGCCUGGACCAGGCCUACUCCUACACGGUGGAGAACGCCAAGGACAUCAUCGCCUGCGGCUUCGACAUCAACAAGACCUUCAUCUUCUCUGACCUUGAAUACAUGGGGAUGAGCUCAGGCUUCUACAAGAAUGUGGUGAAGAUUCAGAAGCACGUCACCUUCAACCAAGUGAAGGGCAUUUUCGGCUUCACUGACAGUGACUGCAUUGGGAAGAUCAGCUUUCCCGCCAUCCAGGCCGCUCCCUCCUUCAGCAACUCAUUCCCGCAGAUCUUCCGGGACAAGACAGACAUCCAGUGCCUCAUCCCGUGUGCCAUCGACCAGGACCCCUACUUUAGAAUGACGAGGGACGUGGCCCCGCGGAUUGGCUACCCUAAACCAGCCCUGCUGCACUCGACCUUCUUCCCCGCCCUGCAGGGCGCGCAGACCAAGAUGAGCGCCAGCGACCCCAACUCCUCCAUCUUCCUCACAGACACGGCCAAGCAGAUCAAGACCAAGGUCAACAAGCAUGCGUUUUCUGGAGGGAGAGACACCGUGGAGGAACACAGGCAGUUUGGGGGCAACUGUGAUGUGGACGUGUCCUUCAUGUACCUGACCUUCUUCCUGGAGGAUGAUGACAGGCUCGAGCAGAUCAGGAAGGAUUACUCCAGCGGGGCCAUGCUCACUGGCGAGCUCAAGAAGGCUCUCAUAGAUGUCCUGCAGCCCCUGAUCGCCGAGCACCAAGCCCGGCGCAAGGAGAUCACUGACGAGAUGGUGAAAGAGUUCAUGACUCCCCGGCAGCUGUCCUUCCACUUUCAAUCCUUUUGUUUUGACACUUGACUGAAGUGGAAGUCAGCACAGAGCAGUGCCUGGCCAUGUCUCGGCCUGUGAACGUAGCUAGAAAGAAAAUCACCGCCAUGGCCCUCCAGGCCCUGGGUGCUUUACCUGGGCAGGCCGCCUUUAAUCUCACACCAUGUGCAGUCUCGGCCAAGCAGAAGCCAUGUCUCAGGGAAGCCCCUGUUGAAGGAUCUGUCCGCUCUGAAGGUGUAGGGUCCACUCUCGAGUGCUCUGCCCUCAUGCCACCUAUGGGUGAAAUAAACCUCCUUUGCUCCUGUU